GGCCCUUUCAAUUUGGUAACUUCUGGUCAAUGUGAUUCCGAGCUCUUCUUCAAUGGCGCUCUUCAAUCCUCCUUGUUCUUCAGCUUCUUCCAUGCUAUCUUUCGGAAGCUCUGUUUCGAAUUCUCGAUCAAUUAUAUUCUCCGCCUUUCCUCACAGUCGGUGUCGUUUUAUCGCUGGUCGACUUGGUUUGAGAGUUAGGAAUUCGGUAGCCUACGAGUCUCAGACGUCAGCCGCCUCCGGUUCCGAUGGCUCCCGGAAGCUUCUGCUGGAAGUCAAUGACCUCUCAGCCGUUAUCACUGAAUCGAGACAGCCGGUUCUCAAAGGCGUGAACCUUACUCUCCACUCCGGCGAAGUUCAUGCUGUCAUGGGGCCGAAUGGUUCUGGGAAGAGCACUUUUGCAAAGGUCCUUGUUGGGCACCCAGAUUAUGAGGUCACUAGUGGCAGUGUGACGUAUAAGGGUGAGAACUUGCUUGAGAUGGAACCUGAGGAAAGAGCUGUUGCUGGGCUUUUUAUGAGCUUCCAGUCCCCGGUUGAAAUUCCAGGGGUGAGCAAUAUAGACUUUUUGAACAUGGCAUACAAUGCUAGAAGGCGAAAACUUGGAUUGGAAGAGCUUGGACCAAUUGAGUUCUACGGCUAUCUUGCACCAAAGCUGGAACUUGUGAACAUGAAGGUAGACUUUUUGAACAGAAAUGUUAAUGAAGGAUUUAGCGGUGGAGAGAGGAAGCGCAAUGAGAUUUUACAACUUGCUGUUCUUGGUGCUGAAUUGGCUAUAUUAGAUGAAAUUGAUUCUGGUCUAGAUGUGGAUGCUCUCCGUGAUGUUACAGAAGCAGUCAAUAAGCUCCUUACUCCUGAUAAUUCAGUUUUGAUGAUUACCCAUUAUAAGCGACUUGUAGAUUUCAUUGUACCGACCAUUGUCCAUGUGAUGGUAAGCAACCUUCUGCAUCUCAUGAAAAUGUUCUAAUAAAUUCUCAAACUAAUGCAAAAUAACCAAGCAGAAAAGUGCUUUACAUUAUUGACAUCCAACUUUCUGAAACUGGCACUUUCCAUACUUCACAUUUAGUUCAACUUUCUGAAACUGGUUGUUUGUCUUUUCACUCUCAACAAUGUAGAUAUGCUUGUAAUUUCAUUUAUAAGCCAUGUUGUGGUCUCAUGGAAUAUUUUCUCAGGCUCGGGAAAUAGUAUGUUUGCUUUUAGUUCUAAGUCAAGAUAAUCAAUCAAGUCAUUAGUGUGAAUUAAGUGAAACGUUAGAAACAAACUCUUUCGUCAAAGUGACAAGAUGCAUAAGAAAACAAGGAUUUUUCUAUGAGACGAGAAGGAUGACGUGUCAGUUUGUCGAAUGGUUUGUUUUGAUCAUCGUCACUUCCAUUGUCAAUUGUUGUCUUACUGAUUGUAGGUGGAUGGGAGAAUUGUGAAGACGGGGGAUAAAUCCCUUGUUGAAGUUAUUGAUAAAGAAGGUUACCAGAAAUUUGUGAGUCCUAGCCGCUGAUGCCAUUGUUGAGCAUUCACUUCUCCGUAAGGUGUUCAAUGUUACCCUUGAUACUCGCUCUCUGGGGGAAUGGAAAAAUGAAGAUUUUAUGGGCUCAAGAGAUAUCAGACGAUUGAGCUUCCUUUCGAGAUUGGUGUAUUUUCCAUCUUGAUGCUUUUCUUUGACAGGAUGAAGAAGAUUCAUCACAUGACAUAAAAGAUCAGCCCCUAUCUGUUGUAUAGUGAUAUGUCAUUAAUCACUUUGUACCCAUUUUUGAGAUCUUAUGCAUUAACACCAGUGGCUUUGUGUAUUGUAAACUAUGAAGGAACAUAAAUUGAGUUGUAAACCACGGCUUUAUUCUUUUCACCUGCAGCGAGAUUAUAUGCUCUCCUUCCAACUAA